CAUCUCCCUUUUACUUUCAUGUUUGCUCCCACCCUUCAAAUUCUGCAUAGGAGAAGAAACAAAAAAUGCUUAACUUACUUGGUGAGUCUGGCUUAACUUGCAUAACAUGAUAAUUUCCACUUCCACCCAUUUUCCUGUAAACAACAUUUCUAAACAAUGCUUUUAAUUUUAAUGUGCGUGUGUGUGCGUGUGCGCAUGUGUACGUGGGGGGGGGGGGGGGCAGAGGACAACUUGCAGAAGUUGGUUCUCGCCUACCACAGUGUGGUUGCCAAAGGUCAAACCUGGGUGGUCAGGCCUAGCAGCAAGCACUCUGAUCCACGGAACCAUCCUACCAGCUCUGAACAAUACUUUUUAUAUGGUAGUUGACUGAUGGCCCCUGUGGUAAAGACCAGAAAAACAUAUUUUUCUUUUUUGAUAACUUUAUGGAAACUGUGUUUUUUUAGGUUUGAAUUGUGACCCUUAAGAAACAGAAAUUCAAAGGCACCAGGUAUCUGCUCCCCAAGGUCCCGCUGUGUCUGGAAUCUGUGAUGACCAAGGUGGUGGGCAUGGCCACAGUUCUGGGCCCUAGGCCACCUCAGGAGUCAAUGGGGCCUUCGACCCAUAAAGCUGAAGAGGAUGACGAGAAGGACAAGUGCCGCCCUAGCCUAGAGACAUCCCGUCAGCGCUUCAGGCAAUUUGGGUACCAUGACACCCCUGGGCCCCGAGAGGCACUGAGCCAGCUUCGGGUGCUCUGCUGUGAGUGGCUGCAGCCUGAGAUCCACAGCAAGGAGCAGAUCCUGGAGCUGCUGGUGCUGGAGCAGUUCCUGACCAUCCUGCCCCGAGAGCUCCAGGCCUGGGUGCAGCAGCACUGCCCUGAGAGUGCGGAGGAGGCCGUCAGUCUCCUGGAAGACCUGGAGCAAGAGCUGGAUGAGCCAGGACUGAAGGUCUCAUCUCCUCAGAGGGAACAGAAGCAGGCUUGGGAGAAGAAGUCAACUUCAGGAACUGCAGUGGAGUCCUUAAGCAGUACCCAGUCUCAGCCCGGGGAUGCCAGCCCCAAAUAUGAGUUUUGGGGGCCCCUGUACAUCCAAGAGACUGGUGAGGAGGAGGUUUUCACUCAGGAUCCAAGAAAGCGUCAAGGUUUGAAAUCGAAUCCCCAGAAGGAGGACUCAGCAGAUGAGCAGAGAAGUUCUGGAGAGGAGUCUCACGCAGACGGACUCAAAGGGGACAUCAUUCCCGUGAUUGCUGGCAAUAAGUAUGGGUCAAGGUCAGAAAGGCAGUGGGCCAACAAUCUGGAAAGGGAGAGGGGAGCAAAAGCUUUUCUGCAAGACACAGGUUCCAGGAAAGGGGCAGAGUCCAUAUCUGCUAAGCUUGCCCCAGGAGAGAAACGUUACAUAUGUGCAGAGUGUGGGAAGGCCUUUAGCAAUAGCUCAAACCUCACUAAACACCGCAGAACACACACUGGGGAAAAGCCUUAUGUGUGCACCAAGUGUGGGAAGGCUUUCAGCCACAGUUCCAACCUUACCCUCCAUUACAGAACACACUUGGUGGACCGGCCCUAUGACUGUAAGUGUGGGAAAGCCUUUGGGCAGAGCUCCGACCUCCUUAAACAUCAAAUGAUGCAUACGGAAGAGGCGCCCUAUCAGUGUAAAGACUGUGGGAAAGCCUUCAGUGGGAAGGGCAGCCUCAUUCGACACUACCGCAUCCACACCGGGGAGAAGCCCUAUCGGUGUAACGAGUGUGGAAAGAGCUUUAGUCAGCACGCAGGUCUCAGUUCCCAUCAGCGCCUGCACACAGGGGAGAAGCCCUAUAAGUGUAAGGAGUGUGGCAAAGCCUUCAACCAUAGUUCAAAUUUUAAUAAGCAUCACAGAAUCCAUACUGGUGAAAAGCCCUACUGGUGUAACCACUGUGGGAAGACCUUCUGCAGCAAGUCCAAUCUUUCCAAACACCAGCGAGUGCACACUGGAGAGGGAGACGUGCCAUAACUGCCCGUCCUCUCUGUCGUUGUCGUUGUUCUUGUAACCAUUAGAGUGUGAGCGCUAGGAAGCAGCCUGUGAUAUAGUGUUGGGUGGUAGAUUUUGCUCUAGUCCUCAAGGGGUGCCAUGGAGGGAGAACUCCACAGUGGUAGGACAGGCGGGAGGUCUGCAGAGCGGAGUGAGCCCCACAGUGCUCACCUCGGCCAGCGAGGUCCUCCUCACACUCCAGGCCCUCGUGAACUGUGCUGCCAUUGUCUCUGCAUAGUUAAACUGAUGUGUGUCCAGUAGAGUUAAGGAAGAAACACUAAGAUUGUUUAACUGUUUUAACAUAUAUUCCACAGUUGUAGUUUGUAAAGAAUUGAGCCACCUUGAACAGUCUGUUUCAGAAUAAAUGUAUAGCAUCACCUAC